AUGUGUGAAUCCGAUUCUUCGAUUAAUGGGUCUUCAGACCUUCAAGAUUUAUUAAUGUGCGAAUCCUCCAUCGAUGAUACUUUGACCAUGAUUAAUAACAAACUUUCUACUGCUCAAUCGUCUGCCGUGAAGUUAUCAAAGUUUGAAGCUCAAAUUCAAGCUAUGUUCAUCAAUAAUAAUGCAAUGAACUCUUCAUCUUCUCAAGCUGGAAAUUUGUCAUUGAAUGAUUUUCAAUAUCCAGUUCCCUCUUCAAACAUUCUUUCUCUGGGUUCUUCAAAGUCUUUUCUAUAUUCAUCAAACUCUAUCUCCCUUGAUAAUAUCCGUCGAAAGUCUUUGCAAGAUUCGCUUACCUCUAGCCAAAACUCUGCAGAAUCUCAAGAAAUAUUUACAUUCUCUCCAAACUCUGCUAACCUUGAUGAUUUCAAUUCUUCGGAAUAUUUAUACCAAUCGCCUAUUUCUAGCGAAAGUUCUAUUGAAGAUAUCAGUUCUCCAGACAUAUUUUCUCAAUUAACUCAUAAUUUCUUUCAAGAUUCAAAUAUCUCUCCAACUAACUCUACAUUGGCCGACUUUAGUAAUCACUCUUCUUCAAUGAAAGAUACACUUGAUACAUAUAAUACCUUAUUUCGUCCAGGGUCAAAUUUUGACCCUCUAGGCAUCCAGUCUGAAAAUGGUAGAAAACGCGCUUCUAUUAAAUGUGUUUCGACUUCUUCCGAUGAAUCUUUAAAAAAGAAACGUAAAGCUGAAAAUGGAACUGUUAAAUCCGGAAAGAAAACAAGUAUUUACCACAAGUCCACAAAAAUGAUUGCUCCUUUUAUCAAAUACGAAGCAGAUUCUGAUAUUAAGGAUGAAAGUUUUUUGACAUCAAACAUGCAUUCAAAAUCUCCUGUGAUUGAUAUGAAUACCAUGAAUCGAACCACCAAACCUUUUGAUACUAAUCUUGUUCAAGACAAGCAUUCUGAUAAAAACGCAUCUUUUGGUACGAAGUUGCCAAUAUCUCGCCUCAAGUAUUUGACCUCAACUUUUCAACCACAACCAAAUUCGAAAACUCUAACAAACAAACAACAGAAAAAAAUUGCUCAUAAUGUGAUUGAGCGCCGUUAUCGAAAUAACAUUAAUGAGCGAAUAAAUGAGUUAAAAAAUGUGGUUCCCGCAUUUUGUCAUUCAACAAGCAAAGAUGAUGACGUAACCGAAGAAGUGGAAAAUGAACUUACUCCGCUAAAUACUCCUCUCUCUGAUAUUGAUCCUUCUCCGACUCCUUCCUCUGGAAAUGUUGCCUCAAGAACAUUGUUGACUUUGUUCAUGUGUAUAGUUUUUUUUACAGAUCCAACGAAACACGUUCCACAUCAUAAUAGUGAUGAAGGACGUGUUAUUGUUAGUAAUAAUUUAAAUAAUACCGAAUCAUCAGUUCCAAAUAAAAUUUAUAAUUCGCAAAGUGACAUAAUAAUCGAUAUUUGGUAUUUGAUCAGGAUCUUUGCAUUCCUUGUGUGUUUUACUUAUUUCGUCUGGCCAUCUUUGUUUUCAAUUAAAGAACAACGAACCCGCAAAUCUGCUAUAAUUUCUUGUUUAACUUCCAAAUAUAAAGAUGUAACAGAGCUUUAUUCGUCUCUUUCGUCCCUUUCGAAUAGUUCGUCAAUGAAUACUUUUGGUUAUGCAACUGGUCUUUUUAUCGAAACUUUAAAACUAUUUUUAAAGUUUUUGGGUUGGGAAAUUUCUUGUACUUAUUUUAAUGUAGAUAUGGAUGAAAGAUUGUUAGAGGUUGAAUUAUGGAACCGACUUGGUGAAGCAGAAUUAUGUGGUGGAAACAAGCGUGCAACUUGCCUUUCAGUCUUAUACACAUGCCUUCGAACAAUUAACCUUUUGGAAAGUCCUUACACUUAUAAUAAGAGUAUGCGCAUCAGUCCUUCUCGUAUAUACGCAAACGCUGCAUUACAAUGUCAUGUUGGUCUUCGGUCAGUUCCCAUUUUAUCCCAUAGAGCUGUAUCUUAUUUCUGGAAAUUAGCUAUUAGAGAAAAGGAUCGUUCCAACUCAGAAGAGAAAUGGAUUGAAAUCGCACUUAUUAACGACCAGAAUAAUAAUAUUUUGGAAAGCGUAGCUAAUAGGAUCAGGGAUCAUGUUUUUCAUUUAUCGGAAAACGAAGAAAUAUUUAAACCCAAGAUCUGCACAACUGUCCCACUUGUUUAUGUUUCCGAAGUUCAAGCUCUCUUCCAUAUCAAGGAAGCCUUUUCCAAUCUUAUUUCUGUACGACAUAACAUCAAUAAAAAGAAAUCCAAGUUUACCUUUUCCGAACUUCUUGGUAUUACCACACCUGCUUCCCUAAUGCAUUGGUAUGCAUUGGUUGGAUGUAUUGUCCAGGCUUUUUAUGAGGGUGAAAAUGAUCUUGGUGCAAAACUAGUAAACAAGUUAAAUGAAGAAUCAAAUGCUAAUGACGGCUUGAGUAAACAAAUUAUUACAAUGAGUUUACUCUCUCGGUAUCUCUUAAUUUGUGAUAAAAUCGAAGCUUCUAUUCAUUAUGCAGAUAAAGUUAUUGAUUAUGUAUCUUUACGAAAAAAUAAGAAAAUAGAAACUACUGAAGUCGACAAAUAUUUGGCGAUUAGAGAAAUUGUCAAAGAUAUUGAUAAUUUGGUAGAAAUUUGUGUUGGGUGGAGUGUUUUAGAAACAAGAAUCAUUAUUCUAGGAAUUGUCGGAAAUUCGCUAUCAAAAAAUAAGGAUAAAGUUUUACCAAAUGUACUUGAUGAGAAUUAUAUAAGAUCUUCCAUUAACGUUUGGGCUCGUUAUCUACGUCGAUUAUCAAAAUUAAAUGUAUUUGAUAACAUUCCAGACUUGCGAGAAAAAUUUAUAAGGCAACUUGAAGCAGUCGGAAGGAUUAUAUCUGGCAUAGAUGAAGAAAUUGACUCUGGGUAUGAUUAUGGUGAUUACGAUAAACAGAACAAUAAUGAAUAUAAAGCCGCAAGAGCUUUGUGUACCUUAAAGGGCAUGUAA